AUGGCUAAAACAAUCGGUGCGAAAAAGUCACUUUGGCAACAAGUGUGUGAAGGUGAGUGGAUUAUUUUGUUGCUCUGCUGAAAGUUAAAGCUUUUGUUAAAAGAAACGGUACAAGUAUUUUUUUAAAUAUGAUUUUAUUUUUGUAGAGUAUGAAGCUGAGCAGCCCCGUCCUCCCGGUGCUGUGUUGACAGAUGACAGCUCAGUUAGCACCCAGAUCUCCCAGUACAGCGCCAGUACACACUCCCCAGUUUUCUACGGACUCACCACAGCUAAGGUAAACACAUCUGUUCACCAAGUCGAGGAAAAUAACUACUGUUUUCUGAACAGUUUGGAUCCCAGGGGUUUAGUCUAGUGUGUUAAAUCCUCGCUUUCAUCAGGUGUCUGUGGAUGAUGAUCCUCUCAGAGACUUUGACCCUCUCCGCGGUCACCCCGCUCUCGCUGGCUACUCAAUAUUGGAAAAACCUCAAAAACCUCCUUCUAGCCGGACGCAUCAGUCUGCUGCUGAAACUUCUACACACCUACAUACAAGUAAGAUGAAUCAGUAACAAUUUCCACACAAAAUAUUCACAGUAAAUGAUACAAUUGACCUUUAAAAGAUUUUAAACCCUGAAAAAUUACGAAACACUGUAAUCCAAAUAUAAUGUGUAAAACCUGUCUGUGUCCGUGUCAGGUCCUGCUGUGCUGUUCUUGGAGCAGAGGGUGUUUCCCGUGUUGCUGCCUGGACUGGAGGCUUUGCUGAAAGAAGCUCAGAAGCACGGCUGUUUCGAGGUCUGAAUUGUAAAUGACCUUUUAGAUUUUUGUUUCACAUGUAAAUCUCACAGAAAUACUGAAUAUUAGAAGUAUUUCUGAACUCAUAAGUUUAUGUUAUGAGUUUAAAUAACUUUGAAUUCUUCUCUGAAAUGAACAUUAUUCUUGAAUGUGUUCCAGAGGAAAAUAACAGCAUUUAACCCGUGUGAUUUCCUGACUGAGUGGCUCUACAAGUAAGAGUCUGUGUAUACACACAUAUAUACACACACACACACUAUCUUCACUUCAUCUUAUAUUGUAUACAGCUGAAAUGUGUGUUAGUGUGUCAUCUUCUUUUUGUCUCAGUCACAACCCCUGCAGGCAGGAGCAGACCCCAGUGAAAUUUCAUGACAUCCCAUUUGUCGAGGACUGGCUCAGUGUGCAGUGAGUGUCUCCUCGCCUACAUAUACACACAUUUUCACUACUAUAUUCUUCAGCUGCAGCUUAAAGGUAUAUUCUGGGGUGAAAUUAAUUUAGGAUCAAACACACGUGACACCGAGUUAGACACCCCCUCGAGAGAUGAAUGUUGCCGACCGCUUGCUUCUCUAGUUAUACCAACUUUAGUAACGACCGCAGGAUAGCAAUACAGAGCGCUCUGAGGAGCCAUAAACCAGGCUAAUGCAUGCAAGUAUACUAUAGAUCUCACUACACAUUGAUGCACACACAUGCAGCCAUUGAAUCAGAAAACAAGGUAAAACAGGUAUAAGAACGAGAGCACACAAACAGAUGGAAACUAUGCAUUCGUUUUUGUUCUUUUGCAUAUGAGGUGAAGCAUCUUUCUGCUCUGUCUUGUUUCUCCCCCCCCCAAUGAUAUCCAGUCCCAGGCCUCCCACCCCUCUGUUUCUGCGGCUGAGUGAGGAUCAAGCUGCGCUGCUCAUCCAGGCCUUCUGGAGGGGAUUCAAGGUAAGAUGAGCAUGAAUGACAGAAAACAGGACUGCUGUCAGAGAAGAUAUUAUGACUUUUUGUUGAAGAUUGUGUGAUUUUAAUGGCAGGGGUCGUACAUAGUCUAAGAAGUAUACAAAAUGGGGUAAAGAAGUGUAGAAGAGUCCUGCAUUUAUUCCACAAACCCUGCUGAUCCUUGCUGCCUGCAUCUGUGCAAGUCUAUGUGUCUUUUAGGAUACAAUAGACACCCUAAUGCAAGUGCACUGGCCCAAAGAGUGAUCCUGUUGUAUAAUACCAUCCAGCUGAAAAGCCCUACUUCCACGAGGACUGCAAUUUCAUUUCAGCUUGAUUAUGUCAUCGCUGAUGUUGGGCUUUAAUUCCUUCCUGUGUGGGCGUUGAAGUGCUCUGUGCUGGGAUAUAAAUAGACAUAAACAGACACUACCAGAGGCAAACAGCGGAGAUUUGACUUCACACGCAGAUAAACCCCUGUGUCUGGUACAGUGUGGGGAUGAAGGCAAGUCUCAGCAGAAGCUUUCGCUUUAACAGUCUUGCUGCAAAAAAAGAUCAGCGGGAGAAAUUUGAUCCACAGUGAAACAUGUUUCUGUUUCUCACGGUUGAAUUUGUGGGUGUGUGCACCGAAAGAUCCCUCCAGCGUGUUUACGUGUGGGACCGCGUCUUAGUUUGGACUCCUUUAGCACCACCAGGGGGCAACGCUUCCUUUCUUUUUCUCGGUUACAAAAAAAGUCAGCCUCCUCUGCUCACAUGGGGUGGCAGCAGCGAGCCAGCUGACCUCACCGUGCAGAGAGGGGUUCAGCGGGGCCACUGAUAGCACUGCAGCCCUGCACCCCAAGGGGCUCAGUGGAAGACAGACACAGCCAGAAAGAGACAGAAGUGAUGAGGUGGGAUGAUGCAUUUGAAAGGACCAGGCAAGGAAUAUUUUUAGACUCCCCGGAUGAAAAAAGAUGAUGAUGAUUGGGAAUAAUGGGGCAAGAUGGAGAGAAUUGAAGAGAGAGGUAAAAAGGGGGACAGAGGUGGAGGCUGGAGUGUCGGAGAAACAGGGUGAGGCCGUGAACUCUCAGGGUACAAAGUUGAAGGGAGGCCUCCUGGGGAUCAUCAUUUAUUCAAGAUACACAGGGUGGAGGUCUUUUAGGGAGUCUGCAAGUCCUCAUGCAGGCGUAGUUGUGUGUCACGGCUGCUGUUACCUCGACUCCGGAGACAAGAACAGGGAACAGCUCACUGGGCAAGCCGAGCAGAGACAGGGACAUCUACACAAACAGAGUCAGCUGUGCGGCACUGAUGCGCUGUAGAACUUCAUGUAAGAUCUGUGUGUGUGUGAGUGUGUGUGAGUGUGUGUGGUAGUUUUUUUGUCUCCAUUUAAACAUCUAAUCUCUCAAAACUCUCAUUAUGAUAUCUCGGCUCACGGAUCUAGAAUCUAUGUGAACAAUGACGAGCCACAUUUCAUCUUAAUCUGCCGAGUGUGAGGUUUUUACAGACUUGAGGAUAUUUUUGAGGGUUUAUACGAGUGUAAUAGGAUUAUAGGAUUUAGUUGUAGAAAAACCCAUUCGACUCAAUAAUGAAUGUAACUUUUAUGUUUAGUGUUUUGAUACUUAACGAACUUUAAAAAUAGACCAAUCUGAAGCUAAUUAUCCUGCUAUAAUUAUGAUGAAAAUGUCCUCAUCCAUCAGUGUACCCUGCUCUCUUCAACCACACCCCCUCUUUCCCCCGCACUCUUACACCCUCUCUGUUAUAUAACCCGCCUGACGCAGCGCUGACUGCAGAGACAGUGUGUGUGCGUGAGUGUGCGUGCGUGUGUGUGUAUAUGUCUAUGUGUGUGUGUCUGUGUGUGUUGGUAAGAAAGACAGACAGACCGAGGGCCAGGAAGCAGAGAAGGAGGGUAUUUUUGCAGAUUGGAGCUUUAUCCCUCCAUUAUUAAUGCGAUUCAUCCAAACAUAUUGAGGACGGAGGAAGAGCAGCGGUACAGCGCGUACCCACAGAAACACAGACACACACAGACACACACUCACACUCUAACACUAACUCACAUCUAUGGCCCAGACAAUGCAAUUUUCUGUUGUUUCACUCACAACCAUAAAGGGCUGAUGGGUCUAAACAUGUUACAUAAUCUUCUUUAGACUGUGGGCCUCAGCCCAGCUCUAAUCCAUUCAUCCAUGCCUGCUACUUUAAUGUACACAUACGCACACACACACACACACACACACACACUCCACUGAUCACUGAGGCUCUCUCAAGUCUCACAAGCUGAGUUGCAGUAAUGUGGCUAUACUGUGUAAUAAAUAGGCAGCACAAUUAGACAGUCAAUACAGAGGAUUGGUGGUCAGGCAGUGGAGCGGGAUUUUAUUAUGAUCUUCUCCACCGUCUGUAUGUAGAGAUUUAUGAGGAGGACACUCUGCAGCUGCUCUUUUCCUGGCCUCAGCAGGAUAGUUUAGUAUCUAGUGCCUCAACAUGGACUCGAGGAUUGAGCGGGUAAACAGACGAUCUUAGAAAACAGGAUCGGCUCUUAUACCAGAUUUUAAAAAACACAUUGUGCAACAAGCAGUAUAAACUAUCAAGCAGCCACACAUGGAGAGAGGAGAGCAGGGAGAGGAGCUAAUCAUGCUUAAUCAUACCCUGACGUCUGACUUUGACAAAACUCUUCCACGAUGUGUGCAGACAUACUGAAUAUUUAGAGCCACACUCCAGGCUGCAGAGAUCGGCUGGUGGAGCAAAAGUGCGGCUCCACACCUUCCACAAACCGAACUCACAUUUAACUUUUGGAUUAAAGCGUAAAGAUCCCUCCACAGAGCGGGCUCUUAUGUUGACUCUUUUGUAGGAUUAAUUCCUUUUUAACACCUAUUCUGAGCAGAGCAGUGGCUGCAUUUGUCAUUUGUGUCAUUUAACUUCAUUUUAAAUCAUCAAGAAACACAUUAAAAUGUAACCUCACAGAAGGAUAAAAGGUUUUUCAUUAGAGCUUGAGGUUGGUCUGACAGGCAUCCUGGAAGUUCUGACUUCCUUGUUUCCUUCCAGUUCCAGCUUCUGUGCUAAGCUAAGUCAAAUAUUGCUUUUGUUUUCUCAGCCGACACUCAGAAAAAUUAUUAAUUUCACUUCCAAAACCUCGCCCUCUCCUCCUCAGUCGUACAUUGUUAUAUGUUUCACUGUAAUUCCCGGCUCAAUCACUUUAUACUAACAGCUAUUUAUGUCUGAAGAGAUUCUCCUCGGGUUCAGUUAUUGUCUAAAAGUGGGACACACUAAGUAACCCACUGCGUGUGCUCCUCUUGACAUGAACUAAUAGCUGUUUGAGAGAAUCUCACACACUCUCUGUAGUCGGCCGCAGAAGUAGGUCUGAGAUUCCAGCUGAAUGAUCCGAGGGCAGGAGCGGGAUAGAUGAAUGGUUCGAUUUGAGGUCCAAGUGCAGGGACACUCAUGCAGAAAAUAUGUCAAAGGCACUCAGGACACACAGUGGCCGAAGGCUGUGCUUCAUCCUCACUUCUCCCCCUGCUGAAGGGCUGCGGGGGCCCUCUGUCUGUCCCAGGAUUGGACGGCCACAGGGUCAGGUGGUCCCGUCCUGGGAUUCCCUCUUUUACCUUAAACACGGGGAGUAUUUUAGACAUGAUUAAGUCUAGUCAUGAAGUUAGAGAAGCAGAUCUGAGGUUGUUUCCUGGAAGCAUCAGUCAACAAAAACAGAAACCAUCGUCCUGCUGCUGCAGAGUGUGAGGCUGAGAGAGGAGUUCAGUCACACAGGCAGCUUGAAAAGAUGUGUAGUUGGAUUGAAGUGUGUGUGAAACAGAGUGUGCACGCUUUUGUGGGUACAUGCCGAGUGUGGGGGGGGGGCUCUUCUUUACUGUUGGUGGUGGCGGCUUUGGUGGAAGUGGUUAAAGCUUUGCUAUUUGUAACGUGUUUUUGGGCUUUCGAGGGAUUUUUGUUUGAUCUUAAACCUCGAGUGAAGGUUUCCUCAUUUGGCGCUGACACAAAGAAAAAACACAAUGUUGGAUUAGUGCCGCGUUAAGGCAGAGAAAAAGAGGAAAUGUUGUAAAAAGGGGAGUAAAUUUACAAAAGAAAAUCAUAAAAGAGGGAAAAAAAGGUUUUAAUUUAGUAGUUUUCUUGUAAAGAUACUACAAUAUAGCCGUGAAUUAAAAGUGAUAAGAUUACAAGAGUAAAUUUACAGGAUAUACAUAACUGGAAUCGACUUGUAAAUGUACGACUUUAUUUCUCUUUAAACUUUUAUUUUCCUCACAUUAAUAAUGAAAGCCAUAGUUUCAAGAACAUUAAACUAUAAUAUAACAAAAGUUGUAAAUUUUGUUCAAGUUAUGUAGAUUUAAUGAAAAGUCUUAAAAUGUGGCUCAUAAAGUCAUAAUAUUAUGAGAAUAAACCUGCAAAUUCACCACAUCAUUAUUUUAUCUCCAUCAUCUUUUCUUUAAACCCACAAGAAUAAAGUCAUAAGGAAAAAAAUCCUAAAUUUACAAGUUAGUUCUCGUAAAUUUUUAAGAUUUAAAUCAUAUAUUUACCUAAGAGUUUUAUCUUUUAUCAAGAGUUGCUGUGAUGACGCUCGGCUCAAACAGCGUAUCCCCCGGGUGAGCUACGCAAUCUUUGUACACUCAUAGGCUGUUUCAAGUGUCAAUCAUAGAAAACUUGAACCUCCUAAUAACUUUCAAAAACGGAGCUGUACAGAAAAAAGAGGAACUGUAACUACAUAUCAACAUCGCAACCAUGGGGGAAAAAAUUAUGUUCUGUGUAAUAAAUUUGUAAAGUUGGUCCACAGCUCAAUAAGCUUUGCUGGAGGAGGCGGGAUUUAUGACCUAUACUGCAGCCCGUCACCAGAGGGUGCUGUUCUUGGAGUGGCUUCACCCAGCAAGGAGGCAGACUCUGUCCAUUCUAUAUACAGUCUAUGCUCCUAACCCUAACCCAAACCCGACAGACAAUGACGUUUCACAGCCAUAAGGAAAAACCAAUCAGAGCCCAGCACUUCUAGCCAAUCAGAGACGAAAUACCAUCCUACGAAAUGGCUUGCCGGUGUAGUAGAAGUGGCAGGUAACAUUGGAGCCUUUUGACUCUUGGACACUAAUGAAGAAAGCUACUAUUAUAAUUAGUUUUCUUACAAACAUUUCAAUCCGCUAACGCAGACACUUCUUCUGCGAUCGUCUUCUCCAUUUCUCUGAGUCUGGCCUGCAUAGCGGGGCUCUGGGGGCGGAGCUUGGAUUGGUUACGUAGGAAAUCUCACUGUAUCUGAUCCGCUGUUUGGGUCUGCCAGAGAUUCACAGAGAUUUGAAUGCAGAAAUAUUCAGAGAUGCAAUUUCGCACUUCUUUUUUCUCAUGAUACGUCCUGUAGCAUCAGAAAAAUGUCAUAUGAACAUGUAGAUUUUCAUCAGAGUGGGUCUUUAAGCGUUCACACAGCAUAAAGACUGUCUCACAAACCUACUCAAACCCGCUCAAUGACUUUUAUAUUUAUAGCAUCCAGGUUCUGUAUUAUUAAUGGUUCAGUAAUGAUUCAUACGAGACGAGAAAAGAGGACUUAUCUUGUGUCUGAUUCGAACAUAUGAAAGCAUGUACACAGAGCGGUCAAAAUAAAACCUCGCCCCUGCUAAUCAGCUGCGUUGAUGCACACAGACAAGCCCUCAAAGCUCUUAUGUGUUCGCAUUCAACUCCGCUCUUUGUCUCCUGCUGUCACACACACUCUGUCAGCAUCCCGCACAAAGCAUGUAUACGCUCAAAAAAGCCAGCUUUCCGAGCACAGAGACUCUUCUUUCUCUCUCUGCGUGUCAGAUGUCACAGUAAAAAUAAACCACCUCCAGGAUCUAACGGCCAUCAAGCUUUUCUGUCAUGAAGAAGAACUGGAGGUACGAGGUUUCUGCGGGACACACAAAUAAAAUGCACACAGGAGAUGGUGAGCAAACACAACAGACUCCGACUCCCCCCUCACCCCUCCUGACCCUCACCCCUCAUUUCCAUUUCUAUGGUUUGUCUCCCAUCAGCAGAGGAGCUGUUGCAGCGCUGUGACACCCGCUAAAUUAACUAUUGAAGCACGCCGGUCUAACCCAUUCCUCCACCCAACGCCAGGCUUAUAUAACGGCCCCAAUUUCAUACCCACUGCUAACAGCAACACUAUUGUGGCCGCUCAAGUAGGCACCCGGGAGAGGAAAACAAGACGAGGGAGAGGAGAAAAGAAGAAGAACUGGAAGGAAAAGAAAGAUAAAACAGGAGGAGAGGAUGUUGAAGACAAGGAUGAAACAAAGAGGAAGAAGCAGUGGGGGAGUAGCAGCAGUAGGAGGAGAUAAAAACAGAAAAAGAGAUUGAGCUCAAAGGGGAAAUUUUCUAUUCAUUUCAAUCAGAGAUUGGGUUUAGUAAUCCCUGAGUAAAGCCUGCAGCGUACACACCGACACACACAGAGCAACGACAUACAGGGGUUUCCUCCUGCAACAAAAGCAGGUCUCAGAGAGAGAAACCAGAGUCCUGAAUCUACAGCAGAGUCUGACCCAUUUACCCACCUAUGUGGACACACAGGGCUCCUUCCUCACACGCUUCAUUUACACCGACAGAGGCGGUUUUCAUAUUCAGACAUGUUCAUGUGUUUGAGGAGUUUUUCUCUCUCCCUUCGCUUCGCUCUCUUUCUUUCUUUUUCUUUCUCCAUCAUCCCAACACUGACUGAUCAUUAAGCUUCGAGACAAGACAAGUUUAUUUAUAUCCCACAUUUCUCAGUUUGUGAAACAGACUGGCUCUAAUGGAGAGCAUCAGCGUGGAGACUCAUGACUUCUAUCGUGUUGUUUUUAAAGCCUGUAAACGCCGUCACUCGAGACAAAAGUGUGCAGGAUUCACAGAGAUAUUCAUGUGUGUGUUUGUCGUAGAUCAGAGCACGUCCAGAUGUGCAGGAGCUGCGUCUGUGGCAGAGAGAUCUGAGGGAGAAGAAGGACAUUGCAAAAACUGUUGCGCAGUUCUGGGCGGCACGAGAGAGCCGAGGUAAAGACACACACGAGGAUUUACUAACCCGACGAUCUCAGGUCUGACAACUUUACUCAACAGUGUUUUCUUCAUAGGCAGGGAAGACGCUCAAACAAGCUACAGUGCAUGGCUACACAACAAUGCACACGUUGAUCAGCUGCAGAGUACAGUCAGACACACACAAACUGCAGAGAUACAGUCGUCACCUGAAGUGAAAGAAGGAGAUGAGGCUUGGAGAGAAGUGACACAGAGAAAGAACGAGGGCAGACGAAGGAAAGAGAAAGAGAAAGAGACAGGGAAGUGAAGGAGGAGAGAAAGUAAAUGUCUGCAGGGCUCAGGGUGUGUGUGUGUGUGUGUGUGUGUGUGUGUGUGUGUGUCUGUGUGUGUGUGUGUGUGUGUGUGUGUGUGUCUGUGUGUGUGAUGGGGAGAUGAAGCAAAGGAGGGAGGAUACAUGUGGAGACCAAGACGAGGUAUAGAGAGAUUAGGGAGGGGGUGAAGAUAGAGAGAGAGACGAGAGAGAGAGAGAGAGAAACAUGAAAUGUUAAAGUGUGUCCAGGCCUUUCAUUGGAUGUGUGUGUGUUUGUGUGUGUGUGUGUGUGUGUGUGUGUGUGUGUGUGUGUGUGUGUGUGUGUGUGUGUGUGUGUGUACUGUAUGCCAACAUGAAAGACAGAGCGGAGCAGCUGGGAAUGCAGUCCCGUGUCCAGGAUGUUUUACCGGCUUUAGAGCUCAGUGACAGUGACAAAACUUUGUCCUUGAACACACUCACAAACACACACACACACACACACACACACACACACACACACACACACACACACACACACACACACACACACACACACACACACACACACACAUACUCACAAACACACUAUUAACUGUAAACACUGAUGACGCACCUACAUCUCCUCCCAUCUUACAAAUACCUCCACAGUGUGCACUGACAUAUUGGUCAGGGGGCUUAUUUUGGUGCCGAGACGUGUGCAGGAGAGACCCUCCUGGUGUGAUUGACGCCACACCGUCUCCACCAACCAAAACCUGCAUUUAACCCUUAAACAGCAGAGGUCGCCGAGGGUGAUAAAGCUCACAGCAGAGACAGAGUUUUUAGACUUUUUAGACUUUUUAGAAUGGGUGUGUAUGCAGCUCCCAGUGCUUUUGGGGCCACCCUCAAGUGGACACUUGGGGUACUGCAGGUUUUAGCACUUCUCAUUUCUGAAAACCUGUGGAUGCCGCUCGUCUCAGAGGUAAAAUACGUUGCAAACCAGACAAAACAGGAGAGUAAAUAUCCCACCUGAGUGUGAAAACCGUCUGAUGAAACACUCACAAAACUAUUUUACUAUUUUAAUUUUGGGCUUUUUAAUUAUUACUAUUAUUUUUGGCCCUUAUUAGCAUUUUAAAAAGUACCAGGCUGUACAGCACUGAAACUUUCUUCUGUUCAUACCGUUAAAAAGAAAAAAGAUCAGUUUAAUGUGACAAAAAUGUAAACAUCGGGCACUUUUUUAGUGGGUGUAGCGCAGCUGGUUUGUUGUGUCGCCUUUAUGUUUGUGGCUCAAAAACAAUGAGACCAUCAUAAACACACACAGACGCAUUCCACGCAACAAAGGCGCCCGCUGCAGCGGUGUGGCGCUGACGAACAUUCCCCCACAGACACACUGAGCUGCUGCUGCACCACUACUGCUGACCUGACACUAUAGCAGGGUGUGUGUGUGUGUGUGUGUACAAGAGAGUGUGUCCAAUCUGAAAGCCGUUUUCUGACUCCUUCAACAGAACCAGAAAUCCGUGAGGCAGAGGCGGGCAGAGAGCGAGGCGAAGGGAUUGACGCUGAAGUCGCAGUUUGUUUUUCUGGUUUAGCCUGUUGUUGUUUUGGAUGUAAUGAAGCAAACGCCGCCCUCCAGCACUGACAGAUAAAUGACCCGUGUUUGGGACUGUGGGAGAAAGAGGCGGAAAUGAAGGAAGAGAGAAGAGAGAGAUUAUUUAGGGAAGCCGCCUCUCUGCUGCUAACAGGCCCUUUAAGUCGAUCCGGCAACAGCUGCACUCAUCUCAUCCGACCCGAGGAGACCGGCAUGCGAUACCUCUCCUGCCUUUUACAUUACACAGCCUAAAAUCAGAAUUAGUCAGAGACACAGAGAAAGAAAAAAAAAAACAAAAGCAGAGGGAGCAAAGUGACUGAGAGAGCUGACGCACGAUGAUACCUCAGGGUCAGGAGUUCACCGUUUAUUUGGCAGGUGGAGCUUUCAGCAGCUCAUGAAUCACCGCAGGACCGUCCUUGACCGUAGACAGACAUGUUGGGUGUUUACCUUCAGCCCACGAGCUCCAUAAACAGAGAAGUGAGAACUCCUCAUAAGUCAGGGUUCUGCAGUUCCAAAUGGUAAUAUAUUAGAGAGUUAUACUCUUUUGUUACAAAGCUGUUUACGAUACUUGACUCUGAUUGGCCAACGCUCCUUAGCAACGGUCUGUUAUUCCUUGGUAGCAGACCGUUACUAUGAGGAACAGACCUGUGCUUAUUCUUACCACAAAAUCAACGUUUCUGUUUAAUAGUAGAUGGUUAUCAUCACAGGGGAUAUACACCAGAGAAGUGUGGGCGAAUAAAGACUAUAGAGGAAAUAAAAAAGCAUAAAAUGUCACCACUUUUUAGGACUUUUUAGUCCGAUCCAGCAGAUGUAGGGUUUCAGGAUCUGUAGACCCAGAAUAAUUGAUCAUUUUAUCUCAUGUUUAGGGACGACACACAACCUCCCGACAGAAAGUCCAUUAUGUUAAGUUAUUUAUCUGUCACUUUUACUAUUUAAAGUUAAUUUCUGCUAUUUAUAACGUGUCAAUUGUAAUGAAUGACUCCCAAAUCGAGCACAAAUUCUGAUUUAUUUAUCACAAUAAGGCUUCAGCACCUUGUUUUGACUCAGAGAAAUCACUUUUAGUCUAAUGAAAAGGAUCUCAGAAACUGCGUCUGUGCAUUUACGGAUCCCACAGAUGGUACUGAGUCAUAAAACUGUAAUUAAGACCUUUACAAACCACAUUACAGUCAUUUGAGUGUUAACAGAACAUAACUUUCACUGCUACCAUCUUUUACAACCUGUCUGAACCUCCUGUUGUGGUAUAAACGGCUAAAUAUAGAAGUCUAUUCAUCAUUGCUUCACUUCCAUAAUGUCAAAGUCAUUGCCUUUUACUGGUGCAUAACAAUAGGCCUUUACAAAAGCUCUGCAGCUGUCACAGUGAGAGCUUAACAGGCUGAAUCAUGGUUUGUCGUGCAGGUUUACUGUGUUUACAACCCGGGCCUGAAAAGUAUUUUCCCAGUUAAUUAUCAUCAGGAGUAACAGCCUGAUGGAAAUAACUGUUUUGAUUUAAUAACUGAGCGAUCGUUUUAGACCUUUGAACCCGUUCACAUGUUGGUUUUGUUUACUUCCAGCUGAUUCCUCCAUGACUGAUCUUCCAGAGAGCCCUCAGCUCGGCAACUCGGAUGUCUCCAUCCAGGUGGUGUCCCCCUCUCCUCAGAGCACCGUGGUCCACACCCCCACCACCCAGAUGACCCCUGAGGUCGCUGAGUGGCUGCUGACCCCCGGCUUGGACAGAAUGGCUGCGUCUGAGUCCGGGAGAUCCCUGACUGCAGCAUCUCGGUCUGCAACUCCAAACCUCCGAGCUUCUAUUAACUGA